GAGAGGAGGAGAAGAGAAGAAAGGAUCAGAUUUGACUCAUCAAAGAGAAAGACCAGAUUCGGAGAAACCAGAGACGUCCAAACCGGCAAAACAACACGACUGUUCCCGCUGUGGAAAGAGUUUUACAGAGUUAGGCAACAUGAAAAGGCAUGAAAGGACACACACAGGUGAGAAGCCUCAUCAAUGCUCUCACUGUGGAAAGACUUUUACUGAGUUAUGGAGCCUGAAAACACAUGAGAGAAUACACACAGGGGAGAAGUUAUACUACUGCUCCCAGUGUGGAAAGAGUUUUACCCGGUCAGGGCACAUGAAAGAACAUAAGAGAACACACACAGGGGAGAAGCCUUACCUCUGUUCCCAGUGUGGGAAGCGUUUUACCCACUUAUGUAAUCUGAAAACACAUGAGAGAUUACACACAGGGGAAAAGCCUUACCACUGCUCCCAGUGUGGAAAGAAUUUUACCCGGUCAGGGCACAUGAAAGAACAUAAGAGAAUGCACACAUUGGAGAAGCCUUACCUCUGUUCCCAGUGUGGAAAGAGUUUUACCCACUUAUGUAACCUGAAAACACAUGAGAGGUUACACACCGGGGAGAAGGAUUAUGAAUGCUCUCCGUGUGGGUUGAGGUUUACCACUUUAGGGUACCUGAAAUCACAUGAGCGAACACACACAAGAGAGAAGCCUUUCCACUGCUCACAGUGCAGAGAAAUUUUCACCCAGUUAGGGAGCCUGAAAAGGCAUGAAAGGACACACACAGUUGAGAAGCCUCAUCAUUGCACUCACUGUGGGAAGACUUUUACCCAGUUAGGGAGCCUGAAAAGACAUGAGAGAAUACACACAGGAGAAAAGCCUCAUCAUUGCACUGACUGUGGGAAGACGUUUACCCAGUUAGGGGGCCUGAAAAUGCAUGAGAGAAUACACACAGGGGAGAAGCCUUACUGCUGCCCCCAGUGUGGAAAGAGUUUUACCCGGUCAGAGCACAUGAAAGAACAUAAGAGAACACACACAGGGGAGAAGCCUUAUUGCUGCUUCCAGUGUGGAAAGAGUUUUACCUACUUAUGUAACCUGAAAACACACGAGAGAAUACACACAGGGGAGAAGCCUUACCACUGCUCCCAGUGUGGAAAGGGUUUUAACCAGUUAGGGGUCCUGAAACGGCAUGAGAGAAAACACACAGGAGAUAAGGAUGUAGGAUGUUGAACUGUAGAACAUUGGAUGGAUAUAGGACAGAUAUAGCCUCUGAACAGUAGGAUAUAGGACAGAUAUAGCCUCUGAACAGUAGGAUAUAGGACAGAUAUAGCCUCUGAACAGUAGGAUGAAGGACAGGUGAUGGCUGAACAGUAGGAUAUAGGACAGAUAUAGCCUCUGAACAGUAGGAUAUAGGACAGAUGCUGGAUGAACAGUAGGAUAUAGGACAGAUAUAGCCUCUGAACAGUAGGAUAUAGGACAGAUAUAGCCUCUGAACAGUAGGAUAUAGGACAGAUAUAGCCUCUGAACAGUAGGAUAUAGGACAGAUAUAGCCUCUGAACAGUAGGAUAUAGGACAGAUAUAGCCUCUGAACAGUAGGAUAUAGGACAGAUAUAGCCUCUGAACAGUAGGAUAUAGGACAGAUAUAGCCUCUGAACAGUAGGAUAUAGGACAGAUAUAGCCUCUGAACAGUAGGAUAUAGGACAGAUAUAGCCUCUGAACAGUAGGAUAUAGGACAGAUAUAGCCUCUGAACAGUAGGAUAUAGGACAGAUAUAGCCUCUGAACAGUAGGAUAUAGGACAGAUAUAGCCUCUGAACAGUAGGAUAUAGGACAGAUAUAGCCUCUGAACAGUAGGAUAUAGGACAGAUAUAGCCUCUGAACAGUAGGAUAUAGGACAGGUGCUGGCUGAACAGUAGGAUAUAGGACAGAUAUAGCCUCUGAACAGUAGGAUAUAGGACAGAUGCUGGAUGAACAGUAGGAUAUAGGACAGAUAUAGCCUCUGAACAGUAGGAUAUAGGACAGAUAUAGCCUCUGAACAGUAGGAUAUAGGACAGAUAUAGCCUCUGAACAGUAGGAUAUAGGACAGAUAUAGCCUCUGAACAGUAGGAUAUAGGACAGAUAUAGCCUCUGAACAGUAGGAUAUAGGACAGAUAUAGCCUCUGAACAGUAGGAUAUAGGACAGAUAUAGCCUCUGAACAGUAGGAUAUAGGACAGAUAUAGCCUCUGAACAGUAGGAUAUAGGACAGAUAUAGCCUCUGAACAGUGUAUUUUCCAUACUGCAUGUAUUAUAGUGGAUUUGUUUGCUGACUUCACAAAAUAAAUUUCCAUGUAAAUGGGCUAAGUCUAAAUGUCGAUGUAAAUGGGCUAGGUCUAAUUGUCGAUGUAAAUGGGCUAGGUCUAAAUGUCGAUGUAAAUGGGCUAGGUCUAAUUGUCGAUGUAAAUGAACUAAGUCUAAAUGGGCUAAGUCUUAAUGUCGGUGUAAAUGGGCUAAGUCUAAAUGUCGAUGUAAAUUGGCUAAGUCUACUGUAUUUUGUAUAUCGUACUUUGCUCUCAUUUUGAGAGAAAUCAAAUCCAGUUCGAUUCCCAACUCAGUAACUCAGAUCAGCUUUAAUAUUGAACAUAGAUUGUAACUCAGGCCUUGGGGAAGUUCUGCUUUAAUAUUGAACAUAGAUUGUAACUCAGGCCUUGGGGAAGUUCAGCUUUAAUAUUGAACAUAGAUUGUAACUCAGGCCUUGGGGAAGUUCUGCUUUAAUAUUGAACAUAGAUUGUAACUCAGGCCUUGGGGAAGUUCUGCUUUAAUAUUGAACAUAGAUUGUAACUCAGGCCUUGGGGAAGUUCAGCUUUAAUAUUGAACAUAGAUUGUAACUCAGGCCUUGGGGAAGUUCUGCUUUAAUAUUGAACAUAGAUUGUUGAUUCCAUCAAUGUAAUUGUCUGCAUCAUUUCCAAUUUUGUAAAUUAACAAAAAUAUAAACACAAAAUGCAUUAAUUUCUAAGAUUUGACUGAUUUACAGAAAAAAAGUAAAUUGAAAUAAAUUCUUUAGGCCCUAAUCUAUGGUUUUCACAUGACUGGGAAUAGUGCUAUGCAUCUGUUGGUCAACGAUACCUUAAGAAAAAGGUAAGGGUAUGGAUCAGAAAACCAGUCAGUAUUUAAUGUGACCACCAUUUGCCUAGAGUUGAUCAGGCUUUUGAUUGUGG